AUGCUCUAUACUUCCUUUGUUGCUAAGGCACUGGCCGCCUUCUCCAUUCUGACUGUCCCAGUUUUGGCCGGGACUGUCAACAUGCCCUCUGAGCUAGACGCUUGGAGCGCAGCUAAAGAUGUCGAUAUCAAGUGGUGGACUACCUUGGAAUGCAGAAGAUCAGAGCAUGCCAAUGGAUACAAUAGCGGCGACUGUCUCAACGUCGAGCAGAGAACAGCUGCUAGCAUGCAAAGAAGAAAACAGAACAGCUGCAAGAUGAUCAGAUAUGAGGGCAAAAAGUGCACGGGCUAUUCAGAACAAGGACUAAAUCUCCACGAUUGCUUCAGCGUUAAAGGAAGCAGGUGGAAGUCUCUCAAGGUUCAGUGC